UCCACCCUCUCUCUGCAAGCCACCGGGAAGGAACCGGCUCCCGUUGGCACGGCUCGGCUCGCCACCGCCCUCCGUCCCCGCGAAUACGGCGCGACCUCGAUCCAGAUCCAUCCAACUGCACGCGUCGGCGAAAAGCCCCCUUCCCCUGGACGCCACUGCCGUGGAAUCGGGUCGAUCGCUUCGUUCCUGGGCACUGCGCAGCUGAUUGAGGAGGAGAGGACCAUACAGCGAUGUUCUCCUUGUUCUAUGGCCUAUGGAAUCAUGUCUUCAGCAAGACAGAGUUCCAUGUGCUUAUCCUUGGAGUUCAUAAGGCUGGGAAGACGACCUUGCUAGAAAAGUUGAAGUCGAUCUACCUGAAGGGAGAAGGACUUCCGCAUGAUCGUAUUGUUCCAACAGUUGGGCUUAAUAUUGGGCGUAUUGAAGAUGCGAAUGUAAAGCUUGUCUUCUGGGACCUGGGAGGUCAGCCUGGCCUACGAACAAUAUGGGAGAAAUAUUAUGAGGAGGCACAUGCUGUAAUAUAUGUUAUUGAUUCUUCUGCUGCUGCAUCAUUUGAGGAUGCCAAGUCCGCUCUUGAGAAAGUUCUCCGCCAUGAAGAUCUGCAAGGAGCGCCGAUACUCAUAUUUGCAAAUAAACAGGAUUCACCAGCAGCUGUCUCGGAGGAAGAAUUGGCUAGACAUCUGCAUCUUAAAGAGUUAGAUGAGAGGUCAUGCAUGUUCCAGGCUGGAUCUGCUUUUGAUGGGACAGGGAUCAAACAUGGUAUUGACUGGCUGGUAGAAGAAAUGGAGAGGAGUAAACGCACUGAGUUGCUGAGGAUGCGUACAGAAGCAGCUGGGAAGAUUUAACAGACUCAGGCUAUUGCACAUGAUUUUCUAGAGUUCAAAGCAUUUGAGGAGGAUGGCACGUAUGGAUUCCAUGAAUUACGCUUGCUCUUUUCUCCAUGGUCAAUUGAGCCACAUCCCCUCAAGUCAGACCCCUGAGUGCCCCCAGAAAAUAUUUCUUGGUUGUGCUGCUCUUGCAGUUUUGGAGUUGUAGGAUGGCAGAGGUUACUAUUGAGUUUCUUGACCUGCAUAGCUCAUAAAAAUGUGUAUCUAAAGUCGUAGGGAUUCAUGUUCAUAUGAUUGUUGGUUUGGAUCUAUUGAAAGUGACAGAAUGGAGCAUAAAGAAGAUUUGUACAUUCGGCAUAUUCUUCAAAAGAAAGAUGCAUCGUGAUUUCAAUCACGAGGUGUGUUUCCUUGUAAAAAA